CAGUUAACGAAGAUGAUGUGAUGUGAUUUUGGGUUUGGAAAAAUAGAAAGUAAAACAAUGUUGAUAUCAAAGACAUUGGCUACUAAUUAAAUCCAGAUGCCCCGUCCUGCAUAUGCAUUUCCAUUUUGUCUCUUCCGUCUGUAUCCAUGCAUAUUCAACAACACACACCGUAGACAACCAACUGCACUUUCCGUGCUCAUACCCUCCAGAUAGCAUCAGCCAUCUUGGCCACCAUGCCCAUCUCUUGUGUGUCGUGUACCCUCACUAUAUCCGCACCGCCCUGAACCGCCGCUGCCACCGUCGCCGCCGUGCCCCACGUCCGUUGCUUCGGCUCCGUGACUCCCGUGAUCCUCCCGACAAAAGUCUUCCGGCUCGAGCCAACAAGCCACGGCAGACCUUGAAGCCCCGGCCAGUAUCGCAGCUCCUCCAGCCGUCGAAGAAUCUCGAGGUUCUGCUCUCCCGUCUUGGCGAAGCCGAUGCCCGGGUCCAGAAUCAUGCGCCACCGCCGGAUACCCGCUGCCUCGGCCGCUGCUACGCGCUCGAGGAGCUCAGAUGCUAUUGUGGGAAUGAGUCCGUCUGGAUACGAGGUCAUCUCUGUCAUGGUCUGCGGAGUGCCGCGCAUAUGCAUCAGACAUAUCGUUUUCUCCAGACGGGCGACGGUGGAAAGCAUGUCUGGGUCCAGCAGACCAGCCGAAACAUCGUUGAUGAUAUCUGCUCCACUGGCAAUAGCUUCCUCAGCAACGGAUGCGCGAUACGUGUCGAUGCUGAUAGCCACAUCACGAGCUUCAGGAAGCGAUCGAAUCAGCUGAACAGCAGGCACAACUCGAGAUGCCUCUUCCUCGGCUGAUACUUCUGGUCGACCAGGGGCAGUUGACUGGCCGCCAACAUCGAUAAUCGAAGUUCCAUUGUUGACCAUAUUCACAAUCGUCUGAGCGAGGUUAUCUCGAUCGUGAAAGCCACCAUCUGAAAACGAAUCCGGCGUCAAGUUGAGAAUGCCCAUGACAUGGGUCUUGCGCUUUGCAGCAAGAGGCGUCAAAGAACCCGCCGUCGAAGAAAGCGGUGUCAUGGAAGACAAUGGCUCGCCAAGGGGCAGCUCAUUUAGAUUAUCCUGAAUGAGCUUCCACGGCUUCGCCGGAUCCAAUGAUUUUGCCGGAAUGAGUCUGCAGCUUGCCGUUAGAAUACCUCGAUUGUGUUUUUCUGUGCAACGUACUCGGCCAGGGGUCUGAGAACAAACUCCCGCUCUAAUAUGCCAAUAUGGGGAAUCUUGAGCCGCUCGUGGUCAACCUUUUCGUCGCCGUACAGAAGAAUGUCCAAAUCAAUGUUACGCGGGCCCUUGUCGAUGACCUUCUUUCGUCCCAUGUCAUUCUCAAUGGCUUGCAGUUGAUCUAGAAGAGCUAUAGGGUCAAGUUCUGUCUCGACCUAGUGGGUUGGUCAGCGCGGGAACGCGAACGGACGUUUUUGAUAUACAUACCUCACAAGCGCCAUUGACGAAACGAUCCUGGUCGGUUACAUACAUGGGCUCUGUUUCCCAGAGGCUACUGGUCCUCUUGACUUUGAUUCCUCGGCGGUCCAUCUCGUUGCAUGCCCGCUCAAUCUCAGCAACUCUGUCUCCCAUAUUGCUUCCAAGAGCGAUAUAUGCCGUCUUCUUUUGCGGUCCGCUGCUCCCACAGCCACCUCCACUUGCGCAAGCACAUCCACAGGCAUUGCGCUUAAGUCCAGGCAUUUUGCAUCUCACAAGAGGACGAAGGCGCGCAUGAUGGACAUAAGAUCGCUGGUGAGGCCUUGUUGACGUCAACGAACAUCGCGAGGCAGUGGCGAAAGCCAGAACAGAGCCGGGAGAAGCAUCGUGGCCGGUGCUUCUGAGGCUCUGAAUAAGCGGUCGCGAUGAGAGAAGCAGUUGUCUCAUGGUGAGUGGUGCUGCUUCAGCUACAUGACCGACGAUUCAGAACAUGUUGUUGAGUGAGUUCGGAGGAUUGAGGCCGAGAAAAUUUGCGUUAACAAGACACUAGGGGUGGGAAUAGUGUCUUCAACGGUGCUAGCAGCUGUUGAAGUCUAAAAGGCUGAGUACGAGGCUGUAGCGGAUUUUGCGAUACUUUUGGCGGAGAAAAUAAGCUGACGAGAGCGGCAUAGGGCUGCGCGGUUGAGCUCAUGCAUUUCCGAGCUGACUGUACGGGAAUGAGAUGCAUUGAUUUCCCAUGUGAGGUGGUCGUCAUGAUUCAUGUCACGGGGUCUUUUGAGUCUUGGUCUUUGCUGACUGGUUCUGCCGUUAGCACCGAGCACAUGUCAGAGACGUUGAACAUGGGGGCCAACCUCGAUAGAUUACUAAGCUUACCAUUCUGGGUAGGUUGAGAAAAGCCAGGAGAGCGAAGAGAACAGCACAAUCAUUUUAGCAGGUGCUUCGGCUUUACCGAGUUCCGUUGUUAACAGUCAGGCCAUUUUCUUGUUAACAGCUUCUCCUCUUUCGUCCCGAGGCAUCUUCCCCGGAUUCAAAGUGAUACUAUCCCCAAUGCGGGAACUACUCCUACUCCACACUCUUCCUGCCCAGGCUGAGACGAGACUCCAGACCUCGGCAUGUGGUCCCUCCUUCCUAGUUCCUGCCAUCGCGAACCGUGCUUCUAACCUCUUUCCCUGCGAAACCCCCUCUCUAUCUGCUGAUUCUUUUUAUACCCCGGAUUUCUUCUCCAACUCUCGACUCUCUGCUUCUUUAUCAAUCAAUCUUGCUCCUGAUUCCACCACCAGAAGCAAGAAGACAGUUCUCCUCAGACGCGACACGAUAGCAUCAUCUAGACAAGACAAACAGACAAGCAGACAACAUGGCAUCACCACAGAAGCUCCGAACUCCCAUCACCGAUCUUUUCAAGAUCCAACACCCCGUCCUCCUCGCGGGCAUGAACGUUGCCGCCGGCCCUAAGCUCGCUGCCGCUGUCUCCAACGCUGGUGGUCUCGGUGUCAUUGGUGGUGUCGGAUACACUCCUGACAUGCUGCGCGAGCAAAUCGCUGAGCUCAAGAGCUUCCUCAAUGACAAGAACGCUCCCUUCGGUGUUGAUCUGCUCCUUCCCCAGGUCGGCGGCAGCGCUCGCAAGACCAACUACGAUUACACCAAGGGUAAGCUCAACGAGCUCGUCGACAUUAUCAUCGAGGAGGGCGCUAAGCUCUUCGUCUCUGCCGUCGGUGUUCCCCCCAAGGCUGUCGUCGACAAGCUCCACGCCAAUGGCAUUGUUUACAUGAACAUGAUCGGUCACGUCAAGCACGUCCAGAAGUGCCUCGACCUCGGCGUCGAUAUCAUUUGCGCUCAGGGUGGUGAGGGCGGUGGCCACACUGGCGAUAUCCCCACAACCGUCCUCAUCCCCGCUGUUGUCGAUAUUUGCAAGAAGCACAAGUCUCCUCUCACCGGCGGCCCCGUUCAGGUCAUCGCUGCUGGUGGUAUCCACAACGGUCAGCUCCUCGCUGCUGCGCUCAUGAUGGGCGCUGGCGCUGUCUGGGUCGGAACCCGAUUCAUCCUCACUGACGAGGCUGGUGCCCCCAAGGCUCACAAGGAGGCUGUCCGCACAUCUGGCCAUGACGACAACAUCCGCACCAUCAUCUGGACCGGCCGUCCCAUGCGUGUCCGUAACAACGACUACAUCAACGACUGGGAGGUCAACCGCCAGGCCGAGAUCAAGGAGCUCGUCUCCAAGGGUGUUAUCCCCUACGAGGCUGACCUCGACAAGCUCGCUGAGGCUGCUAGUGAUAACGAUAGCGACGACGAUGAGGAUCUGUUGGACAAGUACCGACCUUACCUCAUGGGUAAGUGCGCUGCUGUUGUCAACGAGCAGAAGCCUGCCAAGGCUGUCGUGGAUGAGUUCGUAGACGACGCUGUUGCUUGGUUGCAAAGGGGCAACAAGAUGAUUGCCAAGCUGUAAAAAACCUAUAAGAUACCAUGUCUUGUCAUUUAUCCUUGAUUUUUUAGUAUAUUUGUAGACUACGAGCAUAGUUUGCUUGGAUUUACCAUUAGCAGCAUCAAUUCAAUUGGAUUAGCAUUCCUCAUAACGUCUCCUUG